UAAAGUAGAAAAGCUCCUUUGCCUCUUUGCUCUUUCUAACUUGCACAUUCCAGCCCCUGAAUAAUUUGGAGCCAUGAAGUGGGUAACAUUCAUUUCUUACCUUUUCUUGGUAAGCUUAGCUGAGUCAAAACAUCUGUCCAGAAGGUACCGGGAUGUAGGACACCAUGACAUCUUUAGAGGUUUCAUUAAAAUUUCGGAGAGUCAGUUUCCAGCCAUCAUCCUAGCCUUAUUUUCUCAGACCUUGCAGAAGGCUUCAUAUGAGGAGGUGAUGAAACUGACAAAUGAUACUGUAGAGCUUGCAAAGAAAUGUUACAAAGAUGAACAAGCAGCCCCGGAAUGUUCAAAGCCUUUGCGUACUAUUUUUUUUGAUGAAAUUUGUCAUCAACAAGGUCUUGUUGAGAAAUAUGGAUUUACUGAGUGUUGUGGCAAAGCUGAUCCAGAAAUAAAUGAAUGUUUCCUAUCCCAUAAAAAUGACAGCCCAGGAUUCCUUUCUACCUCCAACAGACCAAGUGAAGAAAACAUCUGUAAAGAAUAUUAUGAUAACAGAAGGAAUCAUCUGUCCAAUCACUUCUAUUUGAUUUCCAGAAGUUUUGCAAAGAUGGCCACACUCUUUGAGACAAGUAAAGAGUAUGACAAGGUAUUAAAAGCAUGCUGCCAGGAAGCUGACAAGGAUACCUGCUUCAGACAAAAGAUAGGUGCUGUCAAUGAGCAAAUGCUGAAAGAUAUUAGAGAGCGGAAGCAUAUCUGUUCCAUCCUGAGGGAGUUUGGGAAAAGGUCAUUGAAAUAUCAGAAUAUUGCUCUGCUGAGCCAGAAGUUCCCCAAGGCUGAUUUUCCUACAAUUGUCAAGCUUGCUGGAGAUAUUGUACACAUCCAUGAAGCCUGGUGCAAGGGUGAUACAUUGGAGUGUUUGGUGGAUACCGCAGAUGUAACAGAUUACAUCUGUACCCAUCAAAGCACGAUAUCUACUAAAGUGAAAGGCUGCUGUGAUGGGAAAAUGCUAGUACAAGAAAAAUGUCUUAUGAAUGCAGAAAAAGAUGAUAAGCCACUUGAUUUGUCUCCCGCAAUCACGGAGUUUACAGAUAACAAAGUGUGUCAACUUUACAUUGAAAACAAGACUACUCUCCUGGAAAAGUUUGUAUAUGAGUAUGGAAGGAGAUACCCUGAAUUUUCUAAACAGCUACUUUUGAGAGUUGGCAGUAAUUAUGAGGAUUUCCUGGGGAUGUGCUGCGAAAUUAAUAAUCCUGAAGAAUGCUUUGGCCACACGGAAAAACAACUGAGAGAACUCAUUUCCAAUACCUUGGAAGCAGUUAAUUCUACCUGCAAUGUAUAUGCAGAAGUGGGAGACUACCUCUUCCAAAAUCAGCUCCUUAUCCAGUUAACCAGAAAAGCACCCCAGCUAACACUUGGGGCAUUAAGUUUCACCACAAAGGAAAGUACUGAUAUUCUUUCCAAAUGCUGUGAGGAGGAGGAUGCCAAAAGACUGGUGUGUGUCGAAGAAAAAUUAGAUUUUGUGGUGGGAGAUCUAUGUCAGCUGCAUGAAGUUAAACCACUAAACAAGCAAAUAAACAAAUGCUGCGAAGAUUCCUAUGAAUUUCGUCAUGAGUGCAUCAAGAAUUUAGGAGUAGAUCCAGAUUAUGUUCCUGAACCAUUUUACCCUCAACUGUUCACCUUACAUGCAGAUCUGUGCUCAGCUGACCCAGAUAAACAGAAACAAAAGAAGCAGGUGCACCUUAUUGAGUUGAUAAAACAGAAGCCCAACAUCACAGGUGACCAACUGCAAAGUGCCAUUGGAGAUUUCACUGGCUUGGUGACAAAAUGCUGUGACACUGAAAAUCAUGAGGAAUGCUUUUCAACAGAGGGUCCAAAACUGGUCGAGCAGAUUAGAGCUGCUUUAGGAGAGCAGUGACCGUCUGAGCUCUGUAAUGAAAGAAUGCUGGAGAUAAAGUCCAAAUAUGCCCAAGCACCUUUGGAUGAUUGCUUUUUUGUUACCUGUCAACUUUCUGAUUCAAAGCAAACAAGGAUCUGACUUUUCCAUAAUACUAAUCUCUCAUGAGAAUGCUACUGUUGAGAAUGAGUAAAGUCUUUCAGGAAAACUC